CUGAACAUUCCCCGUUCCUCUUCAAAAAUGCUCCCCCGCAACUUCUCUUCCAAACCAUUUCGUCCUAUCCUCAGAUCCAAGGCCCAAUCCCGCGCCACCGUCUAAAAACCUUCGAGUCCCACAUCAAAUCAACGGCCCACAUCCAAUCUCAUCAUCCAAAACCCCACCCAUGACUCAUCAUCAUCAUCGGCAUCUCCUUCUAUAACAAUGGAAUCCCCAUUCCUCCCAUACAUAAACCUUAUAUCCCAUGCGGUACUCUCCCUCUCCAUAACAUUCAUCAUCACCACCUUCAAUAUCCCCAUCAUCCUUCUCCAAGGCCUCCAUACAUACAUACAUCCUGAGAAUGUCGGCGCUGAUCCCAACCAGUCCAACCUCAGGGCAGCAAUCCGACGGCCAGAAUCUUCCCAAGAGAACCCCGAGCCCAAGCGACGGCACAGAUCCAAGGACAAGGUCGAAUUUGACGAGUCCAACGCCCAGAUCUUCCGCCUCCGCCUCGUCGAUGCCCACCUCCGCUCCCGCCUCUACUUUUCCAACUACCAGUCCGUCUUCGUCUACUCCUCCGUCGCUCUCUCGAAUCUCUUCCUCCGUAGAUUCCUCCCAGAAGAAGAUUCUGGAAUCUUCAGCACGGUUCCGAUUGCUCUGGUAGUCUAUGUUCUCUGCAAGGUGUCAGUCUCCCUCGUGAAGGCGGCAAUUGAGCGGUCCGCAUCGACGAAGUCUGAGAAGCAGCUGAGUAUUUUGUUGGGCGUUUUUGGUUUUUUGUUUGUUCUCCUGAUUGUUUUCAUUUUUGCUCCGUCCGUACUUGACUUCGAUUUCAGUUCUGCGAAUGGGUUCGCACGGACUUCUAUUGCCAUUGUUGCAGCGGGCCUUGUGGGUUCGCUCUAUGUGCCUGCAACGAGGGCCGCUCGAUCGUUCUGGCUCGGGACUGACCAGCUUCAAUGGAAUCUUGCUGUAAUUUCCUGCGGGACGCCUGCUCGGAUGUUACUAUAUAUCAAUUAUUUGAUGGUUGUGUUUACAUCAUUGCUUUGGAUUAAUCCGGUUGCGGAAAUCCUUGUUAAGAAGAUGGUUUCAGAUCGGGAAUUGGGAUUUGGAGAUAAAGAGAAGUGGGUUGGGAAUGUGGGGUUGGUGCGAUCUGAUUUCUUGAAGUUUAGGACAUGGUGUUUAUUGGGAUCGGCAGUCUUGCAGCUUCUGUCCCUGCGGCCUAAUUUGCAGAUGUAUUUGAAUGAGGCGGUCUUAUCUUGGUACCAGAGAUUGCACACCAGUAAAGUUCCGGACUUGGAUUUUGGUCGUGCGAAGAUCUUCUUACACAAUUACUACCUUUGCUUAGUUGUUUUGCAAUUUUUCUCAGCGCCAGCAUUGGUGCUGCUGUUUCUCAGCUUGUCGCAGAUUCAAGGUAACUUAUUCGGUGGUUUUAAAUCUACUGAUAACUAUGUGCAUUACUCUUCUUUAGUGAAGGAAGUGGCUUUGUUUAUGGCUUGGUGGGUUGUCUUCAUUUGGGCUGUUUUCACUUCGGCGAGCUUGGCUCUCUAUCGUUAUGGAAUUUUGUUGAUCUCAUGACGGCUAUUUUGUUUUGUGGUGUUUGCUCUAUUCUUGGGAUAUUGAGUUGAAUUUUCAAUUACAUUCAAAUGCUGCCUGUAAUUUAAUGGGUUACGAAGAUUUUAUAAGAGAUCUUAGUCCAUCCUGUGAAUUUUUAUGUAUGAGUGGUAAUGAAUUUCCUGUUUCAAACUAA